AUGGGUAACGGCACGGUCGACACGAUAUCAGCAGUCCACGUCGACUUUCUACACGCCCUAUACAUGAACGGCAAUGCUCCUGAGCAUCCCGGCUCGCUCCGUUCGCUACGAGCGCAGUUUCAGCAGUCUAGCUCGGAGUGGCACGGCCUUCUUGGAUCCAAGGUCCCCCGUCUUGACGGCUCGCAGUUCUCGUGCGAUCAGUAUCACGAGCUAGAAACUAAGGCGGACCAGUAG